CCCAACCCUGCCGAUCGCGAGAGCUGAAAAACCCCGGGCGGGCCCCAAAUUCCCUUGCUCAGCGCCUGCCUGCUUUGCCUGCACCAUGGAGCGGCAGGGAAGCGUCUUCCCAGGCGCCGCGAUCGCCGCGAUCCUGUCAGUCCUGGUGAUGGGCGCAGCUGCUACGAAUGGGGAGCAAGAGACUGUGGACCCGGGCAAACUGCUUGUACUGACAGCUGCCACAGAAGAGACAGAGGGCUACCAGCGCUUCCUCCGGACAGCCAAGUAUUUCAACUACACUGUGAAGACUCUUGGUCUAGGUGAAGACUGGAAGGGCGGGGAUGUGGCCCGGACCGUCGGUGGAGGACAGAAGGUCCGUUGGCUGAAGGCCGAAAUGAAGAAAUAUGCAAAUGACGAGGACUUGGUUGUCAUGUUUGUGGACAGCUAUGAUGUGAUCCUGGCCGGGAACCCUAUGGAGCUUCUGUGGAAGUUCCUGAGGUUCAAGAGCAAGCUGAUCUUCUCAGCAGAGAGCUUCUGCUGGCCAGAAUGGUCACUGGCUGAGAAGUACCCACCCGUGGCAGUGGGCAAGCGCUUCCUCAAUUCCGGAGGGUUCAUUGGCUACGCCCCCACCAUCCACCGCAUCGUCCAGCUAUGGAAGUACAAAGAUGAUGACGAUGACCAGCUCUUCUAUACGCGCAUUUACUUGGAUGCUGCCUUACGGGAGAAACAUGGGAUCGCCCUGGAUCACAAGUCCAGAAUCUUCCAGAAUCUAAAUGGAGCCAUUGACGAGGUCGUUCUGAAGUUUGAACAGACCCAAGUGCGUGCCCGGAACGUUGCUUACGACACCCUUCCUGUUGUGAUCCAUGGCAAUGGCCCUACUAAGUUGCAACUGAACUACCUGGGGAAUUAUAUCCCCAAUGCCUGGACGUACGAGGGGGGCUGUGAGGUGUGUGAUGAGGGACUCCUAGACCUCUCUGGCCUGGAGGACGAAUCCUAUCCCCGGGUGCUGCUCGGUGUCUUCAUUGAACAGCCCACCCCUUUCCUGCCUCAGUUUCUGCACCGGCUCCUGAGCCUCGAUUACCCUUACUCUCAGCUCCGCCUCUUCAUCCACAACCGGGAGGUGUAUCACGAGCCACACAUCCAGGCUGAGUGGGAGCACCUGCGAGGGAGCUUUGACAGGAUCAAGCUCGUGGGGCCGGAAGAAGAGCUGAGUGAGGGCGAAGCAAGAGAUAUGGGCAUGGACCUCUGCAGACAGGACCCGACCUGUGACUAUUACUUUAGCCUGGAUGCUGAUGUAGUUGUGAUGAAUGCGGAGAUCUUGCAGAUACUUAUCCAGGAGAACAAGAAGGUGAUUGCCCCCAUGAUGUCCCGGCAUGGCAAGCUCUGGUCCAACUUUUGGGGGGCUCUGAGCCCCGAUGAAUACUACGCCCGCUCUGAGGACUACGUGGAGCUGGUGCAGGGCAAGAGAAUCGGGGUGUGGAACGUCCCCUAUAUCUCCCAAGCCUACCUUCUACGUGGGGAGACCUUGCGCCGUCAGCUGCCCCAACGCUCCGUCUUCACUUUGGACGACACGGACCCAGAUAUGGCCUUUUGCAAGAGUGUGCGGGAGAAGGGCAUCUUUCUCCACAUCAGCAACCGGGAUGAGUUUGGCCGCCUCCUUUCCACGGCCAGGUUCAACAUCUCCCGCCUCCAUCCUGAGCUGUGGCAGAUUUCCGAGAAUCCCCUGGACUGGCAAGACAAAUAUAUCCACGAAAAUUACUCUCGGGUGCUGGAAGGAGAAAACUACGAACAGCCCUGCCCCGACGUUUACUGGUUCCCAGUGUUCACCGACCAGAUGUGUGACGACCUAGUGGAAGAGGCAGAACACUUCGGCCAGUGGUCCGGAGGGAGGCAUGAGGAUACCCGGCUGGCUGGCGGCUAUGAGAAUGUCCCAACUGUUGAUAUCCACAUGAACCAAAUUGGCUUCGAGAAGGAGUGGCUUCAGUUCCUGCAGGACUACAUUGCACCCGUCACCGAGAAGCUCUAUCCUGGCUACUACACCAAGGCUCGAGCAAUCAUGAAUUUCAUGGUCCGGUACCGACCAGAUGAGCAGCCGUCUCUGCGGCCCCAUCACGAUUCCUCCACGUUCACUAUCAACGUCGCUCUUAACCAUAAAGGGAUUGACUAUGAGGGGGGUGGCUGCCGCUUCAUCCGCUACAACUGCAAAGUGGAAUCUCCCCGCAAAGGCUGGACCCUGCUGCACCCCGGCCGCCUGACGCACUACCACGAAGGCCUCCCCACCACCAGCGGCACCCGCUACAUCAUGGUCUCCUUUGUGGACCCCUAACGCCAGCUUCACCCCCCUGGGCCCUGGGGCGCUGAGUGGGCCACAGCAGUCAACACACUGAAAGCUGGAGAUUUGGGGGGGUAUGCAGGGGGGUUUCCUCCUCCUUGGCCCGACUGCCCCUUUCCUUGGUGCCUUGAAAAAGGAGGAAGAUGGACAGUACGCACCCAACACAGCCCUGCCUAGCACUGAAACUGGGUCACCACUAGUGCCAGGAGCCCGUCGCUGCUUCUGGCUGCGUUUCACAAAGCCCCAAGGCAGGAGAAAGACUACCAGUUGAUGGAGCCUCUUACUUUUCUGGCAAAAUGUCACUCGGGCUGGGUGUGCCCCCUUAAUAUGGCUCCUACUUGAGACAGCCUCGAGCCCGUUAGCAUCUGAUCGUGUUAACAGUAGCAUCAUGAUUCUCACAACUUGACUCAAUCAAGACAACACUGCAUUUAUCUACAUAUCCUGAAGAUGGAGGAAUCCUACUACUUGCCUUGCCUUUUGCUCCUCCAGUAAUCCACUGUCUACUAAGGGACACCGUCUUGUCUAAGCCAGGCUGUACCCCAUUUGGGGGUGGUACCUCAUUUUUGUCAUGCCUGGGCUUGAUGAAGCAACAAGAGAACAUCUGAGCAACUGCAGAGUAGCUUUUUUUUUUUUCCCCCUCCCAUCACCACCACCACUCUAGGCCUGGCUGGAGAUUUAGGAAGAAAGGAUCUUAGGUGUGGGGCAUAACAUCCCCUUGAAAAUGACACUUUUCUCUGUCUUCAGAAAUUACAUGCUAGAGCAGACUGGGAGAAGGAAGAAAUCUCCCUUUCAGUCGACUGUGGGGAAGGGCGAGAUCAGGAGUAGGUGAAAAAGAAAUUAAGAUUGCUGUGAUUUGAAACAAACUCCCACUGUUAUCUGCCAACCACGUACUGUCCAUAUAUUUCAUGUUGACCGGAGAGAGUUGUCGGAAAAGGAACAGGAUUUGGGGGGGGGUCUGAUCAUAGCCCGGAAGGCCCUCCCCCCAAAACUUUCCUCUCCCUUAACAACUCUCCAUGCCUUAAGAGUGAGGCUUGAGUCACUCGCAUUCUUCAGAAUCGUAAAACACUGUGAUCAAGACAGCAGAUGCUGCACACACCUGUCUGUCCUCGGGCCAGUCCAGUGGGGUAAAGGUGAUCCCAAAGUGCUACUUUUGAAAGGUGUGAAUGGCGUCCAUGCAGCCGUUUGGGGCAGGGAGAAUGCCUCUGUGAGCCUUUGGCGUCCGGGGGGUGUGCUUGACCCAAGAAACGUCCCUGGAGCAGCAGGAUAGCUCUGGCCGGCGCCUGCUAGCCGGGGUCUUGCGCAACCUCCCAUAACCCUGUGGGCUUCUGGCCCUUGGCCUGGGCUGGCUGGGUGGGGCUGGCCUGUGUCAGCUGCUUCCUGUCUAAAGUGCAUUAAGUUAUUGGCAACACGGCUGCACAGCACACCAAAUAAAUCUACAUUUUAUACUAGA